AUGUCUUCCUCGUCUGAGACGCCUCGCGCCAAUGUCGACAUCAGUGGCCUCAAGGUAUUCAGCGCCUGGGAGCGCUUCGACCUGCUGUUCUGUCCUACCUGUUCAAGCCCAAUGUUCUGUGCUUUCAGAGAUCCAGAGAGGAACUUGGGGGUGGUGACUGGAACGCUAGGCAAUGUGGAUGUUGGAGAUCACCAGCUGAUCAAAUUUAGUGGGAUGGGCUAUGUGCUCGAUACGCAGGAUGGGGGUGCAAGUCCAUGGAUCUGUGCUCUUAAUGGUGAUGGCGUGGACUUGAAAAGUUACGAAGAGAUGACGCCAGGCCGUGGUCAAGAGGCAAAGGAGCUACCUGCAGACUGGCCUCGGUGUUCAACUCUCCCAGAACUCAAAGCGAAAGAGGAGAACAGUGUGCCGAUACGCUGUAAGUGCGGCGGUGUAGAUCUACUCCUCCGUCGGGGCGAGUAUAAAGAUACGAGCGAAGAAGAUCUGCCCUCCUGCGUUGAGCCUGUCAGCAGGAAGCUCAAAGCCAGCUUCUGUGCUUGCAACAGCUGCCGGUUACAAAGCGGGAGCGACAUCUUUUACUGGACCUUUACAGAGACGAAAUAUCUGUCUUCUGGAAAAGAUGAUAGCAAGGCCUUUCCGGAAGAUAUUUUCGAUCUCAAACAUCUCAUCGACACCAAAGAUCCUGCUAUCGGUACGAUGGAAUACUACACCUCCUCACCAGACGUCUGUCGUUACUUCUGCGGUACUUGUUCGGCUGUCGUGUUCUACGCAUCAGGUAACCGGCCAAAGAUAGUCGAUGUGGCUGUUGGUCUGCUGGAUUCCAAGUACGGAGCGAGAGUUGAGAAUAUGCUGUCAUGGCCUUUCGGAAAGACGAUGAGUUUCCAGGAAGAUGGUGACGUCUCGCCUUUAAACCCUUUCCACGCUCAACUCUACAACCAUAUCCUUUACUACUGCAUCACAAACAUAAAAUUUCGCUCCAGGACGCCAUGUCAGAAGCCUCCUACAGAUUCUUUGCUCGUAUCCGCCCCUAAGCCCCCAGGCCAGCUAUUCCGCGUGGUCAAACCCCUCUCCACAACGGCUUCUUCUUCAGCAGUUUACCUCUGUCUACCCCGCGCGCUCCCCCCUCCAUUCGAGCCGUCGAAGGAAAUCGACUAUGAUCUUCAAGAUCGGAUGGCCGAUGUCCACAACGCCUUUCAGACAGUGCGUGGAAAUACGCGUCUUCGUCAACAACUGUCGCUUCUCUCGUACAAGAACUCUAGCGAUGUCCUUUACGAGAACAUGCAGCAUAACGGCACGUCUUUGCUCCAGGACAAGCAUUUGAAGAUGUUACCACAGCUGGUGGUGGUCAAGAUGAGCAGAGACACGGAUCUUCUUCGUAAGGAGGUCUUGCAGAUUGAGGCGCAGCACAAGAAAGGUGGACGUGCCACCCUACAUGUCGGUUCGCAUGUUUUGCGUGCUCAGUUUACUGCCUCGACAGCAACGUCGUUUGUUUGUCUCCGCCCUGUUUUCGGUCCCACCUUAGCGCAGUUUGGUGAAGCCAGCAACAAAGACCAGGGCCGUAUGCCAGGUUGGUUUGUGGGACAUAUUUGCGUUGCUUUGGUAGAUGCUGUGGACUUUCUACAUGAUGAGGGUAUAGUGCAUGCCAAGAUUGAAGCAUCGAACAUAAUGUUCAACCUCUACUCUACGUACAUGCACCAUCGGUACCGGGGAUAUCCAGAUGUACAGCUUAUCGACUUCUCUUUAGCCGGCCAAAGCGAUGAGGGCGCCGAAGAACGAGACCACCGCGCCGUGCUCGAGUUGAUGGAACAUGUAAUUACCGAGUGGAGCGAUGUGGCACCGUUCAUGCCGUUCAUUAACAACUUUACUGGGCUGAGUGGAGAAGGUGACGAUCCUCUGCUCACUCAAUUAGCACUUAUCUGGACAAUGCUUUCAGGAGUUUACGAUGGGUAUACUAAUCUUGCGGAACUUCAAGCGCGAGCCGUAGAUAUUCGACAUGAAGGUCCAGAAACCAUGCCGUGGAACCUGAUGAAGUUGCUGCACGCAGACCUAGUGACAGCCGAUGAGCUUGACCGUGCUGUUCGAGCUCCGCUAGCGCUUAGAUUAACGGCCAGGAGAGAGGCGAUGGCGAAGGUCCUAGGAGACAUCCCUGUAACUAUGGCUGGAAGGGGUCAUGCGGGUAUGAAGACCCCGCGGAUCAUGGUAUUGCGGUUUGUUAGAAGGAAAAUGGAGUUCAUGAAUGCAAUUGGACAGUCUGUAGCAGAGGAGUCGAUAGACGAUGGAGCCAGGUUCUUUGGCAACAGGGAUGCGAGUAUGGCAGACGGCAAGAUGAGUAGUGCGGAGCCACGAGUGACGGUACCUAUCUUGCUGCUUGAUAAUAGCGAUGAAGAGAUGAGUUAG